AUGUCGCUGCAACAAGAAGAUGGAUCAUCUACUUUCACCCGCAAAGAAAAAGAGUCACUGGCGACCUUUGAGAACUUCACUUAUACGCUCUGCCAUUUCCUCGAGGUCGCGAUUCACCAGAUCAUUUACAACCGUGGAAUAUACCCAAAAGAGCUCUUCCACGUUACAAACAAUUAUAAUAUAGGAACUCAUACUUGUAGGCAUCCGCAAGUCAUCAAAUGGAUACGCGAUGCCAUCAUGGCACUUUCAGAAGAACUACUGAAGAACUGCGUAAGACGAGUUGCACUAGUAAUUCUCUCCCCAAACGACAUAUCGCUGGAAAGAUUUAUAUUCGACAUGUCUAGAUUUCCCUUAACCUCCGAUAUUGAUGUUAAAUACAACGCACCUAUGCUGCAACCCGGUGCCGAAGUGCCCCCUUCUAGGCAAGCGCUUGCAAAUCUGGAGAGAGAAUUUCAGACAUGCCUGGUUAAAUUGAAAUACUCGAACAUAAGCCUUGGGAAAAUUCCCGAGGACUCAACCUUCGGCCUGGCAAUUGAACUGAACGACGACCAGGCGGCCCCAAAUAAUUAUACGGAUACUUGGAUGCCUUGUGAAAGGCAGCCGGUCUCGAAUAAUUCCAAAAAGUCCGUAGUUUCCGCUCCCGAUUGCGAGAAAAUCACUGGAAUACGAACUAUCAGAGAAGGCGCUUUUACCUUCAAUAUUUGGAUUGAAGAAAGUAAAGCAAAGUCAAAACUGGUAGUUUGA